AUGGUCAAACGUUCCGAUACACCCCCGCCCUCGUCCGAGGAGCCGCGCAUCCUUUGCGUGAAACUUCCUUAUCCUGAAGUGCAGCCAAUCGAUUUUGAGGUACACGGUGGCGCCGAGGUAAUCCUGGCUCAGUGGUUGGCCCAGAUCAUCAAGAAAGACUCGCUCUUCUACAUCUACUGGAUGCCCCGCAACGACAUGAUUCUAGUCAGCGUCGCACGCGAAAAAGAUGGAUUCUACAAUAGUAUCCUCGGAGAGCACCGCUGGGGUGCGUUUUUGAAAAACUGUCGAAGGGGGUGGGAAAAGCAUGUCUCGACCAUCUUCUACUCUACCUAUAAUACCGAUCGCGAUGUUCAGCGAUCUGGUUGGCGUCAGAAGUGGAUCGAGGCGUCCUGGUUCGAUGAUGAUUACAGCUCUACCUUCGUCCACCCGUAUCCUGAUCCGAUCUAUACUACAAUUAUCCCCGAUUCCUGCAGGGCUAUCCCUGCUGCACGUCGUAAUGUCCCUGUCUCCAUCGGCGCGUCCAAAUGGCUCGUCACAUCCGUCGAUCGCGACGUUCCCGGAGCUCCCGUUCGUACCGUGACCGAAGAUAAGAAGAAGAGGAAGAAGUACAGCGGACAGGUGGGAAGUCUUCCCUAUGUCUGAAAGAUUAGAAGCUCGACAGCAUACCAACAUGUCUCUUACCCAUGCUCCUUCCAUAG